CGAGGGCCCGGUGCUGAUGCGAGCAGCCGGCUCGGCCUCAGCCCCAGCGUGGUCGGCCUCAGGCCGGGGCGGCAGUGAAGCUGCGUAGCCUCCCGGUGAUCGGAGGAGCCGGUGCUCCCUCGGGGCCCACGAUGAUGGCGGAGCAGGUGAAGUGCGCCUCGGCUGGGGGCAGCUCCGGAGCAGGCUCCGGGCCGGUGGUGAACGCGGAGCUGGAGGUGAAGAAGCUGCAGGAGCUGGUGCGCAAGCUGGAGAAGCAGAACGAGCAGCUGCGGAGCCGAGCGGCCAGCGCGGCCGCCGCCCCGCACCUGCUGCUGCUGCCUCCGCCGCCGCCUGCCGCGCCGCCCCCUGCCGGGGCCUGCAGCCCGCUGGGUCCCCGGAGCCCCCCGGCCGCCGCCACCUCCGGGGGCCUGGGGCUCGGGCUGACGCUGGGUUCCGGGGGAGCGGGCGGUAGCGGCGGCGGCCCCAGCCCUGCGUUCCCGGGCACCUUCUGCCUGCCCAGCCCCGCGCCCUCCCUGCUCUGCAGCCUGGCGCAGCCCCCCGAGGCGCCCUUCGUCUACUUCAAGCCGGCCGCGGGAUUCUUCGGCGCGGGCGGCGGGCCAGAGCCGGGGGGCGCGGGGACGCCGCCCGGGGGAGCCGCCGCGCCGCCCGCGCCGCCCCCCACGCUGCUGGACGAGGUGGAGCCGCUGGACCUGGAGAGCUUGGCCGCCUGGCGGGACGAGGACGACUACACCUGGUUGUACAUUGGCUCUUCAAAGACGUUCAGCUCAUCAGAGAAGUCCCUGACUCCUUUGCAGUGGUGUAGACACAUCCUAGAUAACCCAACUCCUGAGAUGGAAGCCGCCAGACGUUCCCUGUGCUUCAGACUGGAGCAAGCGAGCCGAUGGCGGAGUCUCUUCUCUUCAACUGCCUCACUGGCUUUUCCUUAUAGUCCUGUUGCAAGACUCAGCCCUUAUAGCAAUGGCAUUAAUACCCCCAGCUUCUCUAAAACCUCAAAUAAAGCAAUACUAACACCUGAAAAAACAGGUUACACUUCCAGGGGCUCCCCUCUCAGUCCCCAGUCAUCUAUUGACAGUGAGCUGAGUACUUCAGAAUUGGAAGAUGAUUCUAUCUCCAUGGGAUACAAGCUGCAGGACCUCACUGACGUUCAGAUCAUGGCUCGUCUGCAAGAAGAAAGUCUCAGGCAAGAUUACGCUUCUACUUCUGCGUCUGUGUCAAGACACAGUUCUAGCGUGUCCUUGAGUUCUGGGAAAAAAGGGACAUGUAGUGAUCAAGAAUAUGACCGAUACAGUUUGGAGGAUGAGGAAGAAUUCGAUCAUUUGCCACCACCUCAGCCCCGCCUUCCAAGAUGUUCACCUUUCCAAAGAGGAAUUCCCCACUCACAGACUUUCUCCAGCAUUCGGGAGUGCAGGAGGAGCCCCAGUUCCCAGUAUUUUCCUUCAAAUAAUUACCAGCAGCAACAGUAUUAUUCGCCUCAAGCCCAAACUCCAGAUCAGCAACCAAAUAGGACUAGCGGAGAUAAGCUCCGAAGAAGUAUGCCUAAUCUCGCCCGGAUGCCAAGUACAACCACCAUUAGUAGCAACAUUAGUUCUCCAGUCACCGUGCGAAAUAGUCAGAGUUUCGACUCAAGCUUGCAUGGAGCUGGAAAUGGAAUUUCAAGAAUACAAUCUUGUAUUCCGUCACCAGGACAGCUGCAGCACAGAGUCCACAGCGUGGGACAUUUCCCAGUGUCUGUCCGACAGCCUCUGAAAGCCACAGCCUACGUGAGUCCAACCGUUCAAGGCAGCAGUAAUUUGCCUUUAUCCAAUGGCUUACAGUUGCAUUCCAGCACAGGAAUCCCUACACCAAACAAAGCUGCGGCUUCCGGGAUAAUGGGUCGCAGCGCGCUUCCAAGACCUUCACUGGCAAUAAACGGGAGUAACCUGCCUCGAAGCAAAAUUGCACAACCAGUUAGAAGUUUUCUCCAGCCUCCAAAGCCUCUGUCUUCACUCAGCACUCUGAGGGAUGGAAAUUGGAGAGAUGGUUGCUACUGAUGCAGUUUUAUUUACCCUGAAGAAUGGGAAAGAAGUGAAAAUGAGGGUUGUGUUACCCAGCUGGCUGGGUAACAGUGGAUGUUGGGAUAUUCUUUCCCUUUUGCAUUUUAAUAUAUUUACUGCAUUGUUUUUCAAUGGACCAGUCACCAGAGACUAAUAAUUGCACUUAAAUAUUUGCCUGAGAUACUGCAACAUUCUCAAAUCCAUGGUUGCAGUAUUGUGACACUUAGAUCUAGGACGUUUUUGUAGAACUGCUCUGUACCUGAAUACUUUUUGAGAGAAUUGAGAUGUAUCAAUAAUGCUUUGCCAUAUGAGUUUUUUUUAAAGUAACUUGUUCAAUUUACUUACGUGUUCUAAACAUCUUUCCAUUAUCUGUUGUGUAUUUUAAUACAUGCAUAUUUACAACUAGGUUCUAUAAUGUAUGCUUUGAAAUUUACUUUUUUAUAGUUUACAGGAAUUUUAUUUUUUGUGCCUAUUUCUUUUUACACCUAUGUGAACCACUAUGGAACAACUUAAAUUUUGUGCCAUAAAAAUAUUUUUGUGGUAAGGUACUAUUUUUUUAGCUCUAGGGAUAUAUCAGCAAAAAAAUUCAUCAUACAAUUUGAAAGACAUAACUUUGUGUUGAAUGAGCACAACAUAAUCUGAAGCAUUGGGAGGAGACAGCCAGACAGCAGAGUUAAACGGUCUUGUCUUUUUCGUUGUUAAUUUAUUGUCACACAUGGGUUUCAUAUUUAUAAUGGCAUCCCCAGCUCAUUGCACUUAAUACCUGCAAUGUUUGCUACUGUACCACAAUUAAAUUUUCAAUACUUUACUACAAAGGAUGAAAAUGUAAUGUUUUAUUAACAAUGCUUCUGGAAAUGAAUGCAUUUUAAAGCAAAUAAAUCUUUUUGAUAGACCUUUUACAAAACCCAUUUGCACUAAUGAAUGCUUUCUUAUGGCCUAUGACUUAAUAUUUGUUACUGUGUACACUGCUGUUUUGGAAUGUUCAGAAAUAAAGACUCUAUUUCAGCAA